CAGAUCAGUUCGUUCAGACGUUAACUUUCCAAUGGAGAAUAUCGUGACCCUGAAGAACUGACCUGAGAACAGCAGUUUUUAAUCAGGCGUUUUUCCCAUGUGUGUUAAGCAACAGCGGUUCUGCAAAGGUUAAAGCCGACAUGAGCGUUCUGUUUCAGAACCUGGGCUGCUGGCUGGUCCAGAGUAAAGCCCCGCAGAGCCGAGCCGUCAGAUUGGUUCACAGUUUAAUUCAAAGGGACGCUGGGCUGAAACAUACGCUGCCAUCGCGGGCAGAUCUCUGCUACCUGGUGAGUGUGAGUCGGUGGCACACCUGCAGAAGAACACAAUGGCUGAAGCUUUACGGUUUAAGAUCAUCUUCCUCGAUGCCUCCACCGCCUUCAUCAGGCGAGAAGUCCAAGAAGUCAGGGCCUGUGACGUGGAAAUCUUUAGCAGUCACGUUUGCUAUCGGAGGUGCUCUGCUGGGAGGGAUGAAGUAUUUCAAGAAAGAAAAGGAGGAAUUGAUUGAAAAGGAGCGAAACAAAACGAUCGGCAGGCCAGCGUUGGGCGGCCCUUUCUCGCUCAUCGAUCAGAACAACAAGCCCUCCAAGAGUGAGGACUUCCUCGGUCGAUGGAUCCUCAUCUACUUUGGUUUCACGCACUGCCCCGACAUCUGCCCGGACGAGAUAGAGAAAAUGAUUGAAGCGGUGGAUGGAAUAGACAAGAUCCAGUCUCUUCCGAACUUGACGCCCAUCCUCAUCACUAUAGAUCCUGACAGAGAUACUCCAGAGGCCAUGGCUGCAUAUGUGAAAGAGUUUUCCCCGAAGCUGAUUGGUCUGACGGGGACGACGGCUCAGGUCGAGGAGGUCUCCAGAGCCUACAGAGUGUACUACAGUCAGGGGCCGAAGGAUGAAGACAACGACUACAUCGUUGAUCACACCAUCAUCAUGUACCUCGUAGGACCCGACGGACAGUUUGUGGAUUAUUUUGGACAGAAUAAACGAAGUGUGGAGAUCAUCAGCUCGAUAGCAGCUCACAUGAGGAAGUAUAAGAAGGGGAACUGAUGGGCAGCCCAUGAAAGCCCACCAUGAACUGACAGUUUAUCUUCAGGUGUUUAAUUGCUGCUGUCUUAUCACUUUGUAAACACAAAUGUAUAAAGGCACUUUUCUUUCUUUUUA